AUGCUUUCAAAACCAUCAUACCCAAAUUCUGGAUUCGCAACUUCAGCUGCUCUGCCUUUGCACGGGAUAGAUUUCAGCGCUCUUGACAACCGCACGACGAAUACAGCCCAGGUUUUUGGGGAUCGUGAUGGGACACUCGAUGACGUUGGAACGCCUCUAUCGUUGAUGCUGGACUUUCCACACAAUGCUUCGUGCCCGACCACCACGCCAGAGAAUAAGGGCCAUGUCACCAGUGAAUACAGCUCGCCUUCCAUCUUUACGCUCUUCAAGUUGUUGCUAAUGACCAGAGGGAAGUUUAAACGCUGA